CUCUCUGACAGUGGAUUGAGGAGCUGCGCCGUAGUGUACCCGAGCCUGCUCUCGUCUUCGAAAUCGCAGUUUGCGAGCUCGCUUGCACUUCCUGGAACCAAUGCUUCGUCGAGGUUCUCUAUGUCGGCUGAGUGGAUGCCUGGGCAGCCAAGGCCACCUUACCUCGAUGGCUCUGCCCCAGGGGAUUUUGGUUUCGAUCCUCUUCGGCUUGGAGAAGUACCCGAGAACCUGGAGAGGUUUAAGGAGUCAGAGCUGGUCCACUGCAGAUGGGCAAUGCUUGCAGUGCCAGGGAUCCUGGUUCCAGAGGCUUUAGGCUUAGGAAACUGGGUACAGGCUCAAGAAUGGGCAGCAGUACCAGGAGGCCAAGCAACUUACUUGGGCAACCCAGUUCCAUGGGGCACUCUCCCUACAAUCCUCGUCAUCGAAUUCUUGGCCAUUGCCUUUGUUGAGCACCAACGUAGCAUGGAGAAGGACCCCGAGAAGAAGAAGUACCCUGGUGGUGCCUUUGACCCCUUAGGGUACUCCAAGGACCCCGAGAAGUUGAAGGAGUUGAAAGUCAAGGAAAUCAAGAAUGGUCGUCUUGCUUUGUUGGCCUUCGUGGGAUUUUGUGUGCAGCAAUCGGCCUACCCUGGAACUGGGCCACUCGAGAACCUGGCAACUCACUUGGCUGAUCCAUGGCACAACAACAUCGGCAACGUUGUGAUCCCAAGAUCCAUUUUGCCUUGAAGCGCCGAUAUUUGUAUCACACUGCAAAACUAUGAGCAAUCAUGUGUACAACUCAUCUCUGUAUCGUGCUAAUGUAUAAUUUGAAUAUUACAUUUGAUGAUCAUGACCUAGCCUCUUUCAUAAAUGUGCAUGAAGUUUCCGUCAUCAUCUAAAUAAUGUUAUCUGAUU